GAUAAACAGAAGACUUGAAGUUGUGUGACAUCCGAGAGAGAACAGUGCUGCCGACAGGGAAACAUUUACAUGUCACAUAGUAAUAAUUAAUAACACACAGUUAUAUGAAAUGAAGGGCGCGCUGGAGCUACAGCACAGGGUGAGCGCGCACCCGGACUCGCGCUGUUGGUACGUCGCGUGGAAUCCCGCGGGCACGACGCUCGCGACCUGCGGCGGAGACCGUGCGAUAAGAAUAUGGGGCAAAGAAGGGGACAGUUGGGAAUGUAAGUGUGUCCUUUCUGAUGGACACCAGCGCACAGUCAGAAAAGUAGCCUGGUCUCCCUGUGGGAAAUACCUGGCUUCAGCCAGCUUUGAUGCCACGACAUGCAUCUGGAAGAAGACGGAUGAGGAUUUUGAGUGCCUGACGGUGUUAGAAGGUCAUGAGAAUGAGGUGAAAUGUGUAGCUUGGGCUCCAUCUGGAAGCUUACUGGCCACCUGCAGCAGAGACAAAAGCGUUUGGAUUUGGGAAGUGGAUGAGGAGGACGAAUACGAGUGUUUAAGUGUUGUGAAUUCACACACGCAGGACGUAAAACAUGUCGUCUGGCACCCGACGCAGGAGCUUCUCGCAUCAGCCAGUUACGACAACAAGAUCUGUAUUUAUAAAGAGGAAGAUGAUGACUGGGAAUGCAGAGCCACGCUAGAAGGACAUGAAUCCACUGUCUGGAGUUUGACCUUUGACCCUGAGGGACGGAGAUUGGCUUCUUGUAGCGACGAUCGAACCGUAAAGAUCUGGAAAGAGUCGACAACUGGAGAUGGUUCUUCGGAUGAGUCCUGGAAGUGUAUAUGCACCUUGUCUGGAUUCCAUGGGAGAACAAUAUAUGAUAUUGCAUGGUGUCGUCUGACCGGUGCUUUAGCCACCGCAUGUGGUGAUGAUGGAGUGCGUGUGUUCAGUGAAGACCCCACUGCUGACCCAGAGCAGCCCAUCUUCGCCCUGUCAGCCCACGUGCCCAAAGCCCACAAUCAGGACGUCAACUGCGUGUCCUGGAACCCGAAAGAAGCAGGACUUCUGGCCACAUGCAGCGACAAUGGAGAGUUCGCCAUCUGGAAAUACAACUCUGCCUGAGCCGGUGAAUGACGCUCAAGUAGACCGAAAGCACUGAAUCAGUGGUAGUUCACCCAAAAAUGUGAGGUCUGUAAUUUACUCACCCUUUACUUGGUCUUUAUUCUCUUUCGUCUGUUGAACACAAAAGCAGAUAUUUUGAUGAAAGCUUACAAAAACUGUAGCCCUUGACAACCAUAAUAGGAAAAACAUAUACUAUGGAAGUCAAUGGUUACAGGUUUUCAGCAUUCUUCAAAAUAUCUUCUUUUGUGUUUAACGGAAGAAAGAAUCUCAAACAGGUUUGGAAUAAGUAAAUGAUGGCAGAAUGCUAAUUUUUGGGUGAACUUCCCCUGUAAACUGGUCAUAAUGUGGAACAAUAGCUGUUUUAUUCUCACUUUGAGUACUGCAAUUGUGCGUUGAUGACAGCACUGGUCAAAAAGACAAUACACUUUUUAUUAAAAUCGAAUUUAUCUGUUAGACUUUUUGAUGGGUCACAAUUUCUUAACCAUAUUGAUAUACUUCAGUUUUGUCUGUAGCUUAAAAUGCCUUCAGGGCUUUACUUAAAUAAAGCCUGCUAAAGAUCAAAAGCAGCUCCUUUUUCAAGUGAAUUAUCAUUUUUAAUGCUGUAUAUUUUGCUGACUUAUGUACUUACAUUGUCCCAAAUGUUUUAAAGAAUGUUCAAAUCCAGAAAAAUUAUCAAUUUUAACUAGUAA